AACUACUUGAAAUGUAAAAAUGUUCGAGCCUUGAGUUGAAAAGGCAAACUUGGCAGCAACUUUGAAGGUUCACAUAAUUAUGCGCAUUGCCUUGCCACGGCUCCUGUGCCACAUCCUUCUCUAUCACCUGCUCAUGAUCUCGUCCAGCCUUGCAGCCUGCUACCAACGUCAUUCGAGUUGCCCGCAGAACCAGCAGCAGUCCAGAUCCCAGCUUCUGGACCAGUCCGCGGACCUCACCAUGGGCAUAAGACAAGGCAACUCCAAGCAGACCGCCUCGAAUAUUGCCCAGAAGGCUGCCCAGGAGGCCAAGAAGGCGUCGGACACUCAGGCACCAGCUGCUCUGGCUGCUGCCCGCCAGGUGAAACACCAGCUGGCCGAGAAAGCCAUUGCUGCGGCCAAGGCCGCUGAGGCGGCGCUGGCGGGGAAACAACAACUUAUGGAGCAGCUGCAGGACGAGGUGCACGAGGCGGAGAUUAUUGUGCAGGAGGAAACCUACUCACUGGUUGGUUCACAGACAAAUGUCAAUGUCGCUGUUGCCACAGCGAAGCAAUGUCAAACGCUGUUGCAAUCGCUUCGGAGCUCAGUAAAAGUUGCCGAGGAGGCAGUGAGCAAUGCUGAGGCAGCUGCAUCCGGUGCCCAGCAGGAGUUGUGCGAAAAGAACCAGCUGGUGGAAACCGCUCGCCAGAGAGCAGAGAUGCUGAUGCAGCAGCUGCGCUCCGCCAAACUGGACUAUACCAACACGAGGAAGGCCGCCUACAGGGCUGCCUGUGCCGCCAACGAAGCAAGGAACAAGGCUGUAAGGGACCGAAGAUCCUACGAGGAGGACAUCGGUGGAACUUUUGGGCAGCAGCAGCAGCAGCAGCAACAAAUGCUGCACAAUCACGACCAGCCAGGAAAUCUCCAAGAUCCAGAAGUUAAAGGACAGGUGGAGGGAUGGGAGUAUAAUGAGCAGGGUAAAGCUAUAUUUUCUAAUUGAUGUGCCCUGUAAAAUACAUAUUAUUUUGCUAAAAUAGUUUAAAAAAAAAAUGUAUUAAAAGGACC